CCCGCCAAGUCAUUGCGAGUGAGGACAUGAUGACACAGUGGUUGUGAAACAGUUUGGCCGAUCACAUCUCUAAUAAAGGGCACCCAUUUCCAGGUUCUCCCCGGCCUGCGCGGGUGCACGCAGGUGUGCACCGUCCGCCUGAGGAACCACCAGCAUGAACUGGGCAUCCCUGCAGGGCCUCCUGAGUGGGGUCAACAAGUACUCCACGGCGCUCGGCCGCAUCUGGCUGUCGGUGGUGUUCAUCUUCCGGGUGCUGGUGUUCGUGGUGGCGGCGGAGGACGUGUGGGACGAUGAGCAGAAGGACUUCGUCUGCAACACCAAGCAGCCGGGCUGCCCAAACGUCUGCUAUGACGAGUUCUUCCCCGUGUCCCACGUGCGCCUCUGGGCCCUGCAGCUCAUCCUGGUCACGUGCCCCUCGCUGCUGGUGGUCAUGCACGUGGCCUACCGGGAGGAGCGGGAGCGGAGGCACCGCCUGAAGCACGGGCCCAACGCCCCGUCCCUGUAUGACAAUCCAAGCAAGAAGCGGGGUGGGCUCUGGUGGACGUACUUGCUGAGCCUCAUCUUCAAGGCCGCCGUGGACUCCGGCUUCCUCUACACCUUCCACCGCCUCUACCAGGGGCAUUACGACAUGCCCCGCGUGGUGGCCUGCUCCCAGGCGCCCUGCCCCCACACUGUGGACUGCUACAUCUCCCGACCCACGGAGAAGAGGGUCUUCACCUACUUCAUGGUGGCCACAGCUGUCAUCUGCAUCCUGCUCAACCUCAGUGAGGUCGCCUACCUGGUGGGCAAGAGGUGCCUGGAGAUCGUGGGCCCCAGGCGCCAUCGGUCUCGGCGCCGGAGUCGCCUGCAUGAUUCGUGCCCCCCAUAUGCCCUCUCCCAGGGAGAUCACCCCCAAGAUGGGAACUCUGUCCUCAUGAAGGCCAGCUCGGCCGAGGUGGAUGCAGGUGGGUAUCCGUAACCUGUGAGGUUGGCAACUGGGACCGCCAUGUCCCCCACCUGCUCCCUGAGGCCACACAGGGCAGUGGCACUUUCUGCAGCAAGGCAUGCGAGGAAGGGGACUGUGGGGCUCCGGAAGCCCACCCGGAGGCCAGUACUGGGGAGCAGUUCUGUCUCAGGGUCCUGAUCCCCAGGGGAAGAAGGUUUAAUGGUAGGCAUUUUAUAUAUGGCAAUAGGGGAUGUCAAAACCCUUAAUAAAUAUGAUUUUCUCAGUACCUUGCAGACCAGGUGGGGAGUGAUGGGUAGAAGAGCAGGGGGGUCAGAAGGACCUUGGAGAGGAGGCCAGGACCACUCAUGGGCACCUGAGCCUGGGAACCUCAGAUCCUGGUUCAGCCACCACCCACCACACACACACACACACACACACACACACACACACACACAGUGUGCCCCCAGGACAUGGUGGGGAAUACCCAAAGGCAGAGACUUUUCCAGGGGUUUCUGGACUCUGCAACCAGCUGGCAAGGCAGGAGAGGGACCCCCGGAGACUCUGUGCCCAGCAUAAGUCGGUUCUCGGUGAGCGUUCCUCAGAUGAAUGCAUGAUGCUCAGGAGGCUGCUGCCUCCCCAUCCGGCCUCCCUGACUCUCCCCAGCACAGGCCCCGGGUGGGGGAGUCCCCUCUGAGGGGAGGAGGGAAGGCCUAGUGGAGAUGGAUGGUGCUGAGAGCAAGUCCCGGAUGAGUGUCUGCCAGGGUGUCGAGGAGGCAUAUCCCCACAGGCCAGGAGCCCAUUGAGAGCGUCCAAGCCAAAGGGUCCCUCACGGAUCCUCCAGUCUGAGGAAUUUUCCUUCUUUUUCCUGGAUACACAUUCCCUCAUUCUCCUCCACCCCCACCUCACCACUCAGACCUUGGCAAACUCCCAAAAUCCCACCUCCAGCUGGACCCGCCUGAGUCCCAGAGCGCCCACCAACCGCGCACAGGACGACCCUCCUGGAGGCCCCCAGGCAUCUCCCCUCAGCAGCUCCCAAACCUGCCCUCCUCGUAGAUCACUCCCCACCCCGUGAAGGGCACUGCCCGUUGUCCAAGCCAGGAGCUGGCCUGCCAUCGUCAUCCCCUCCCAUCUCCCAGCCCCUCACACCCCACAUCCCAGUGCAGCACCAAAUCCCACUAUUGCAGCCCCUGCAAUGCCUCCUGAGUCUGCGCCUCCUUUCCCAUCCCACAGUGGUAACAUCUCACUGGGCCCCUCCCCUCUGCCCUCCACUAUAAGGACAGAGUGGUUUUUCUAUAUAGGAAUCUGACCAUGUUGUUCCUUCUGCAUUAAAAAUUCUAGGGUGAUGCCCUAACUGGUUUGGCUCAG